AAGUUCGAGAACUCGAACCCCUGCUCCAUAAAACCCUCUCUCGUUGUCUUCCUCUCGUUACUCUCAUUCAGAUUCUCCGCUGCGACGCCAAAAACUCAAACCUAAAAGCAAAAAAAGCUCUCAGAACCCAAACCCCUCUCGCCGAUCUCCAGGUUUUUUUGAACAAAGCUUGAGAAUGAGUGUGGUCGGGUUUGAUUUCGGUAACGAGAACUGUCUCGUCGCUGUCGCGAGACAAAGAGGGAUCGACGUUGUCCUCAACGAUGAGUCAAACCGCGAGACACCCGCCAUUGUGUGCUUUGGAGAGAAGCAGCGUUUCAUCGGGACCGCAGGAGCAGCCUCCACCAUGAUGAACCCUAAGAACUCAAUCUCCCAGAUCAAGCGCCUCGUGGGUCGUCAGUUCUCGGACCCUGAGCUGCAGAGAGACAUCAAGUCUCUGCCUUUCUCCGUCACUGAAGGACCAGACGGGUACCCUUUGAUCCACGCCUCUUAUCUGGGUGAGAAGAGGGCGUUUACUCCCACUCAGGUGAUGGGGAUGAUGUUGUCUAACUUGAAAGGGAUUGCUGAGAAGAAUCUGAACGCAGCUGUGGUGGACUGCUGUAUCGGUAUUCCGGUUUACUUCACGGAUCUGCAGAGGAGAGCUGUUCUUGAUGCUGCGACUAUUGCUGGUUUGCACCCUUUGCAUUUGAUCCAUGAGACGACGGCGACGGCGUUGGCGUAUGGGAUUUACAAGACGGAUUUGCCGGAGAGUGAGCCGCUUAACGUUGCUUUCAUUGACAUUGGUCAUGCGAGUAUGCAGGUGUGUAUUGCUGGGUUCAAGAAGGGACAGCUCAAGGUCUUGUCUCAUGGUUUUGAUCGGUCUCUGGGAGGGAGGGACUUUGAUGAGGUUCUUUUUAAUCACUUUGCUGCCAAGUUCAAGGAGGAGUACAAGAUUGAUGUCGCUCAGAACGCUAAGGCGAGUCUCAGGCUCAGGGCUGCGUGCGAGAAGCUGAAGAAGGUGCUGAGUGCUAACCCUGUGGCGCCGUUGAAUAUUGAGUGUUUGAUGGAUGAGAAGGAUGUUAGGGGUGUGAUCAAGAGGGAGGAGUUUGAAGAGAUCAGCGUACCUAUCUUGGAGCGUGUCAAGAGGCCUUUGGAGAAAGCUCUCGCUGAUGCUGGGCUCUCGGUUGAAGAUGUACAUAUGGUUGAGGUUGUUGGCUCUGGAUCUCGUGUCCCUGCUAUUAUCAAGAUCCUGACUGAGUUUUUCGGUAAGGAGCCAAGGCGUACGAUGAAUGCAAGUGAGUGUGUGUCGAGGGGAUGUGCCUUGCAGUGUGCAAUCCUCAGUCCCACCUUCAAAGUCCGUGAGUUCCAGGUUCAUGAGAGCUUCCCCUUCUCCAUUUCACUGGCGUGGAAAGGAGCAGCCGCUGAUGCUCAAAAUGGAGGAGCUGAGAAUCAGCAGAGCACCAUUGUUUUCCCCAAAGGAAAUCCAAUUCCUAGUGUCAAGGCUCUAACAUUUUACCGCUCUGGGACAUUCUCUGUCGAUGUGCAGUACAGUGAUGUGACUGACUUGCAAGCGCCUCCAAAGAUCAGCACAUACACGAUUGGUCCCUUCCAGUCAUCCAAAGGCGAGAGGGCAAAGGUUAAGGUGAAAGUGAGAUUGACCCUUCACGGAAUUGUCUCUGUUGAAGCAGCAACUCUUUUGGAGGAGGAAGAAGUUGAAGUUCCGGUCACAGAGCAGAUGGACACUGACAAAGCUUCCGGUGAAACUGAUGUUAACAUGCAAGACGCCAAGGAAACCAGUGAUGCAGCUGGCGCUGACAAUGGUGUUCCCGAGUCUGCUGAUAAGCCAGUGCAAAUGGAAACCGACUCAAAGGCGGAGGCUCCUAAGAAGAAGGUGAAGAAAACAAAUGUACCGCUCUCUGAAUUGGUAUACGGCGCCUUGCAAUCAGUGGACGUCCAAAAGGCUGUAGAGAAAGAAUAUGAGAUGGCUCUGCAAGACAGAGUUAUGGAGGAGACUAAGGACAAGAAGAAUGCUGUCGAGUCAUAUGUUUAUGAUAUGAGAAACAAACUGAGUGACAAAUACCAUGAGUACAUAACGGAGUCAGAGAGGGAGGCUUUCCUAGCGAAGCUCCAGGAAGUAGAGGAUUGGUUGUAUGAAGACGGAGAAGAUGAAACUAAAGGUGUUUAUGUCGCAAAGCUUGAGGAGCUGAAGAAGGUGGGUGACCCAGUUGAAAUGCGGUUCAAGGAGUCGCAGGAGAGAGGGACGGUCAUUGGACAGCUUGGUCACUGUGUUAACAGCUACAGAGAGGCAGCUGUCUCGAAUGAUUCCAAGUUUGACCACAUUGAACUAGAAGAGAAGCAAAAGGUGUUGAACGAGUGUGUGGAAGCAGAAGCGUGGAUGAGGGAGAAGCAGCAGCAGCAGGAGGCACUUCCCAAGUACGCAACACCAGCUUUCCUGUCAGCUGACGUUACAAAGAAGGCUGAGGCGCUGGACAAGUUCUGCAGGCCUAUAAUGACCAAACCAAAGCCGGUUGCGAAACCGGAAGCACCACCAGCUAAGGCGGCUGAUGAGGAGAAGAGUGAGCCACAGCCAGAACCGGCCUCUGGUGAAGAACCAAUGGAGACUGAGAAGCCUACCGAAGAUAGUGCCUAAGAGAUGAUGGUGCUGUGUAUCGAUUUUGUUUUUAAUUUCUUGUUUCCCCCCAAAAGAAUCUUAUAUUGAAACUCUCUUUUCUUUGCGGUUACAGUUUUCAGGAAGUAUUAUUUUCUCUUUGUGUUUUCUUUAUAAACUAUUUAUCGUGUGUGAGAUGAGUAUUUGUUCUACUUGUUA